GAGAAAAGAAAGAGAGAGACGAGCGGCGUCAGGAAGGCGACUUUGAAACACGGCACGAGGAGCGCAGGCUGCACAUCGACAGGACUAGAGGGCGCAAGAAGUGGCGCAAGGAUUUCGAGGGGAUGGGGAGGGAGUAGCAGUGCAGGCCGAGGCAGGCAGGAAGGAAGGAAGGAAGGGAGUCAGGAAGGCAGGGAGGGAGGCAGCCGACGGGAUUGGACUCGCGGUUUUAGAAGGGAGGCCCGGCACUCCGAGACCGAAUUCGAGCUCGUGUGAGUCACGCGGUAAUUUCUGCGCACCGUGCGCCUGCGUCGUGGUGAGUUGGGACUUGGAAGUAGAUCGACGAAGGCCUGGGGUCAGGACGGCGGAGGCUUGUUCGCUUGGUCUUCGAAGAGGAGUGGGAUCCGAUCGGGAAAGGAAAGAGGAGCUAGAGCAGGAAAUCUGCCGCUGGAGUAGUCUCCAGCAUCAGCCUUUUGCUAAGAGCCUGAAGAAGUCGUGUGCAUGAGAGAGGGUAGGCCGAGAGCCAUGUCAAGUCAAGUCGCGGCCGUCGUAGGAGUCGGGCCGGGCUUAGGACUUGCCAUUGCUCGCAAAUUUGCACGCCAGGGCUACACUGUCGCUAUAUUGGCACGCAAUUACGAUAAGCUGAUGAAAUUUGCCGAGCAGAUCGUCGAGAAGGAAGCUUCAGGCCAAGUGGCAGCGAUACGAAUUGAUUGUUCCGAUUCUAAAUCUAUAAAAGACGCCUUUGAAGCUGUCAACUCUCUGGGCACAGUGGAAGUUCUGGUUUACAACACGAAUACUCCGUUUCCAUGGCCACGACCCAGGUUCUUGGACGUCAGUGCCGAUUCGUUCGAGCGCAACAUAAAUGUUAGCUGUGUGGGAGCAUUCCACUGUGUACAGCAGGUUCUGAAAGGAAUGUUGGAUAGGAAAAAGGGAACGAUUCUUUUCACGGGUGCCACUGCAUCAGUACGGGGAAGUGCAGGCUUUUCAGAACUUGCGUGCGGAAAAUUUGCUCUAAGAGGUCUUUCACAAUCAUUAGCUCGUGAACUGCAUCCUCAAGGGAUACACGUGGCACAUAUUAUUAUUGACGGAAUGAUCAGGACUAAUGCCAGAGAUAGCGGCGUUUCGUCCUCCGAAGACGAGAAGAGGAUGAGCCCAGAUGCUAUUGCAGAGGCAUACUGGCAGUUACAUAUCCAAGAUAGAAGCGCAUGGUCACAAGAGAUUGACCUGCGUCCUUUCUGCGAGAAAUUUUAGUUUGGUUAUGAUUGUGCAGGUUUUUAGUGCCUUCAUUUUGGCUUCAGUCGUCUAUGUAGUAGAGGGCAUGAUUUAUUGUGUAGGACCCUGAAUAUAAUUAUAUCAACGCAAUUCAAAUUUGUAAAGAGAUUGUUCAUAACAUGGAAAGUCUGGAAUCUUGAUUUGGG